GCUGCAAUUCCCCCACACGCAUCGACCCGUACGCUCUUCUGUUCGCCUAGAGUAUAAAAUUCCCCCACACGCAUCGACCCCCAAUCCCCAAUCCACUCCGAUCGAGAAAAUCCUCCGCGAUACAAGCCUCGAUCUCAGCUCUCGCGAACGUCCAUCAAGAUGCAGAUCUUUGUGAAGACUCUCACCGGAAAGACCAUCACACUUGAGGUCGAGUCCUCUGACACAAUUGACAAUGUCAAGGCAAAGAUCCAGGACAAGGAGGGCAUCCCGCCCGACCAGCAGCGUCUCAUCUUUGCUGGCAAACAGCUCGAGGAUGGCCGGACACUUGCUGAUUACAAUAUCCAGAAGGAGUCCACCCUCCAUCUGGUGCUCAGGCUUCGGGGUGGCAUGCAGAUCUUCGUGAAAACCCUCACCGGCAAGACCAUUACCCUAGAGGUCGAGUCUUCGGAUACGAUUGACAAUGUGAAGGCGAAGAUCCAGGACAAGGAGGGCAUCCCUCCGGACCAGCAGAGGUUGAUCUUUGCGGGCAAGCAGCUUGAGGAUGGUCGCACCCUGGCGGAUUACAACAUUCAGAAGGAGUCUACUCUCCAUCUGGUGCUCCGCCUACGUGGUGGCCAGUGAGUUCUCCGGGCGAGUUCCCCAGGCUACCUGGCCUGGCGGCCUCUUCCAUCGUAUUCUUUUUGAUUAUGUCAAGUUUUGUGUCAUGCGUCUGAAACUCUUUAUGUGCCAUUUGUUAGAACAUCUAUUGCCGCCUUCGAGCAGCUUGGUCUCCGCCUGAAUCUUAUUCUGUAACUGGCUGUUUUCUGCUGGUCCCCUUUUCUGGUUAUCACAUAUCCUCAUAUGACAUGUAUUCCAAAAUUUAUAAAGUAGAUUCACACACGACGCGAA